AUGAAUGAUUGUAGUCGUGGAAUACCUCUUUUGUAAAUUGCACGAACAGUUCGUAUAUUGGACGGUAUUACCGUAUUCAUAAUCAUCCUUUUUUUUCCAGUGGCGAUGCAAUGCAAGGAGCAUCUAUGUCAAAAAGGUUAUAACUACGACCAGUUCUAUCAAGUAGACGCGGACGAUGCUAAGUAUACGAAAUCCAAGAAUAAUUUAUUAUUAGAGAUGCAUAUAGCGAUACAAGCGGUGAACAAUGGGCAUAUACUAUUGUCAACUGUUCCAUUUCCGACAAUGAAUGAUUCAGUAUACGAAAUCGUUGUCGGAGGAGGCAGUAAUAGAUUCACUGAGCUGCGACGCAACUUGAAACGUAACGCAAAGGCAUCCAAGGGGACAGUCGGAAUAUUAUCUGCUGUAGAAUUACGUGGGUUCGUUAUUAGAAUCUCUAAAGGUGGCUUGGUAGAGUUCAGCGAAGAAGGCGCCACGCUACCUAUUCUAAGUUACGUCGAUAUUGAUCCACUGGACAUAAAGUAUUUCAGUUUUGCAGCUUGGGUUAACAUCGAAGCCAAAUUCUUGUAUGAUUGCCCAGCACCAGGAGUGGCAAAUCAAACCUUGCCUGACUCGAAGGCAAUUCAGAGGAAACUAUCCAAUUCUGAUCGUCUGAAGCAGGAGAUGCUGCAAGACAGACCACCACACAUGCCACCAAGUCCAAGUGUGAACGUUAAUCUAAGUGUACUCAUAACGGGAAUCAAAUAUGACGCCUUGGAGUCUAAGCUGACCACAAGGAUGAUUUUACUUACCUUGUGGAAUGAUGAGAGCCUUUCGUGGAACCCACAAAAGUUCAACAAUAUAACCAGUGUUACAUAUCGGCAAGGUCAGAUUUGGCGACCAAUAUUCCAAGUUUUCAAUUCAAACAGCCUCAGCCUAGAGACAACCGGUCAAGAAGUAAUCAGUAUGCUUUAUAAAGGUGAAGCUUCUUUCCACUUUAAAGCUACAGUGGAAACUUGGUGCUUUAGCGAGUCAUCGGAAUUCAACAGAUGGCCACGCGAUAAAUAUACUUGUUCCAUUGUUAUACAACCGUCGGAAGCACACGAGAAAAUUAUGCUAUCAGACAUACACGACAGCGCUCCUAUAUUAGAGAAAUUCGCAGACUACGAUGGGAUAACGGAGAACGAAUGGCAGAUCUUGAAUGGUAGUCAGAGUAUAGUAUCUUCAGAAAUAUGGAACAUAUUGUACCCCACGCAGAACAACGAGACGCACAUGAGCGAUCGCCUCGUUAUACAACUCGUGAUACAGAGGCAUGCAGCCAGUUACAACAUGGUAUUUUAUAUGCCUCUUAUAGUGCUAAUUGGUUUUCUGUUGAUGUCAUUUUGGAGUGAACCCCUACAAAUGUCUAGGGUUUGGUUUUAUGCUGGUGCUUCCAUAGUUAUAUGCACUGGUCUAUGUUAUAUUGAUUACCUUAUGCCUUGCCAUACUUUACCAAGUAUACUGGUUCUUUAUAUAACAGUACUCAAUUCAAUACUGGUCGCUCUCAUAUUGCAAGUCCUGUUAAUGACACCGAUAACAGAAAAACUAUGCAAGACAAUGGUAAUGCAAAAUGUGAUGUCUUCUAGCUACUUUAGGACGAUAUAUUGCCUGCCUGUUUUAAUGAUAUGCAGAAACUACAAUACGAUCAACGAAGGUUUUUUAUCCCAGGAAGAAGAUGAUAGUUUACCGACACCUGGAAAUGGAAACGUAGAAGAAAUGGAAGAAGUUCACACCAAAUACUGCGAAAAAGAAGAGCUAGCUGAAGCUGUUGAUAAAACCUUGUUUUUCAUCUACACUUUAGUGUUUGCUGUGCUUCUGGGUUUGCACUAUUAA